GUUAAGAUCACUAUUCACCUACCUGUAAACAUUUUGUAAUGAAUGAGAACACGAGUAGGGACAAUCAAAUAUAUUUAGCGCAACAUGACAGAAUAUCUCAUUAAAAUAUGAGAACCAUAUAGUGAACAGUACAUUUGCAAAAUAACAAUUAAUUGUUUCAAUUUGACUGUUUCUUCUGCAAAUCACCGUCAAUCAUCUCUGAUUUCAUUGUUCAUAGAUCUACAUACUAAUUGCAUUCCGUUCCUGUUUUCUCCUUAUCGAUCUUCUACUAAAAUACAUUCAAUGCUCGACCAUCAUUGUAUACUACUUAUAUGAAUAUCAGUAACCCAAACCACAAUAUUAUUUAAACCAGUUAAUUACAUUAACUGUUUGAAGCUUCUUUCUCUAUUCGACCAAUUCAACUUUACGAAAAUGAAUAUUUCACAGAGAUAUACACGUCAAUGGACAUACACAUAUAUACAAAUAACAUACAUAUUAAAUAAUUUAUUCGGACUAGUUUUGUUUCUACCUUCUUUCUUGUAACUAUGCACAACGAUUCUGUUUAUAAUAAAAAGAAUAGAUAAAUAUUCGGAAUCAUUCUAUACGUUUGCCCAUUUUAGUUUACACCUAGUCAAGUGUAAACAUACAAACAUAUACACACACAGUUUAAUAUAUGCGCAUAAAUAGUAUUUCAGUAGUUUUAUUCAAAUUAUAGUCAGUUAAGUUAUACGUCAAUAAGCAUAUUCAAAACAAGAUUGUUUCCUUCUUUUCAUAUGUAAUGAUCAUACACUAACUGAUAUUACUAUUAAAUUAAUAAAAUGACUAGUUUCAAAGCAAUUAUAAAAAGUGUUGAUAUGCCUGAUGAAAUGCAACAAGAUGCUGUAGAUAUAUGUGCUAUUGCAAUUAAAAAGUAUUCAAUGGAAAAAGAUAUAGCAGCAUUUAUGAAAAAAGAAUUUGAUAGAAAAUAUUUACCAAGUUGGCAUUGUAUAGUUGGAUCACAUUUUGGCACGUAUAUUUCUCAUGAAGCAAAACAUUUUAUUUAUUUCUUCUUGGAUAAUCAUGCUGUUGUACUAUUCAGAACUGGAAUCAUAAAAUGAAAGCUAAUACAUUUGAACAAACAUCUAAUUAUAUAAACUAAUAAUAAUAAUAAUCUUUGACAAGACAAUUAUAUGAAUCUAUUAUAUACUACUAAUAGUAGUUUUAAAUUUUUUUUUCAUUUUCUGAUCAAUCAAUUGUGUAUUCAGAUUAAAUGCCAUGUCUAUUCUUUUAUAAAGACAAAUCUAAUAAACUGGAGUUUCCGUAAUGGAUUCUAUUUGAUAUAAUGAAUAUUGUACAAGAAAUACAUAUUUUUUCAUAUCAAAAUAACUAUUUUUGAAAAGUUAUAAUGUUGUUUAAUAAAUCUUAUUCAGAAGGGG